UAACGCAAUCAUGGCGGCUUUUUAGAUCGCGCUGGAAAAGAUAGGUUUAACACUGAAAAGUUUCAGAAAACGUUAAGCUUUUGAAAGUCGGUUCUUGGAAGUUUUUAUAGAUUCCCAAGGAGGAAAAACGCGUGGCCUUGCCUUGUUUGGAUUUGUUAAUGCAAUUCUUUGCUAACUUCUGUAUUCUGUGCUGGUGUUGCAGAUGUGACGUCCAGUGGUUUUAAGAAGAGAGACAUGACUCCCUGACGGCAACAUCAAGUUUGCAGGUGAGCAGGGAACUGCUUGCUGCCAAUAUGGAUGAACAAGAGGCAUUGAACUCUAUCAUGAAUGAUCUUGUUGCCUUGCAGUUACGCAAACGUCAUCGGCCUUCAGAUUAUGACAGUGUGAAGAAUAAGCCUAAUAGCCACUGUAAUAAACAGACUGAUGUUAGAAUAAAGUUUGAACACAAUGGAGAAAGAAGAAUUAUCCAGUUUGGCAGGCCUGUUAAAUAUGAAGAAGUGGAGCAGAAAGUUAAAACUGUCUUUGGUCAACAGCUGGCUCUCCACUAUAUGAACAAUGAGCUUUUCAUUCCACUACGAGGCCAGGAUGACCUAGAUAAAUCAAUAGAUCUUUUAGAUCGAAGUUGCACUAUGAAAAGCCUAAAAAUAUUACUUUUGUCCCCAGACAGAAAACGAUCAUCAUCUCCAUCCCACUCCACACCAUCAAAGCAAGUAAGAAUAAAAUCUUCUCAGUCAGCUGGAGAUAUUACCGCAACCUUCCAGGCUUCAGAAUCCCGAGGCAGGCAUCUUUCUGUUAGUUCACAAAGUACAGGUCGAAGUUCCCCUCCCCCAGGAUAUGUACCCGAGAGACAGCAGCGCAGUGCGAGGCAGGGGUCCUAUACCAGUAUAAACAGUGAGGGAGAGUUCAUUCCAGAGACCCACGAACAGUCAAUGCUUGACCCCUUGAGUAGUGCUGAGAAUUCCAUCUCAGGAAGUUGUCAGUCUUUGGACAAAUCUGCUGACAGUCCUUUUAGGAAAUCAAGAAUGUGCAGAGCGAGGAGUUAUCCUGACAACAGACAGGAUUUCUCAGAUCGAGAGAAUGAAGUAUAUGAUAAAAUUGGAAAAGGGGGAACAUACCCUCGUCGAUUGCAUGUUUCAGUGCAGUACAAAGAUUACAACGAUGGGAGAAGGACGUUUCCUAGGAUUCGGCGACCACAAGGAAAUCUUUUUACAUUAGUUCCUUCAAAUCGAUCAUUAAGUACGAAUGGGGAGAACAUGGGAUUAGUAGUGCCAUACCAGGAAUGCCGUGCACGGUUACGAAGCCCUGAUUGUGAGAAUACACGAAAUGUUCCAACUAAAUCACCGAGUGCUCCAGUCAAUUGGAGACGAGGAAAACUUCUAGGUCAAGGGGCAUUUGGACGUAUUUACUUGUGCUAUGAUGUGGACACAGGAAGAGAGCUUGCAGCCAAGCAGGUGCAGUUUGAUCCCGAUAGUCCUGAAACCAGUAAGGAGGUGAGUGCGCUGGAAUGUGAGAUUCAGCUUUUAAAGAAUCUCCGUCAUGAGCGGAUUGUGCAGUACUAUGGUUGCCUCCGGGACAGACCAGAGAAAACGUUGACCAUCUUCAUGGAGUACAUGCCUGGUGGUUCAGUGAAGGAUCAGUUGAAAGCAUACGGAGCGUUAACAGAAAAUGUUACACGAAAAUAUACACGCCAAAUAUUAGAAGGGUUGUCAUACCUACAUAGCAACAUGAUAGUACACAGGGAUAUAAAAGGUGCAAAUAUUCUCAGAGAUUCUGUUGGCAAUGUCAAGCUUGGGGAUUUUGGAGCUAGUAAAAGGCUACAGACUAUCUGUAUGUCUGGAACAGGAAUUCGAUCCGUCACUGGAACACCAUAUUGGAUGAGCCCAGAAGUGAUAAGUGGUGAAGGGUAUGGAAGAAAAGCAGAUGUGUGGAGUCUUGGCUGUACUGUAGUGGAAAUGCUUACAGAAAAACCACCUUGGGCAGAGUAUGAGGCAAUGGCAGCAAUUUUUAAAAUUGCCACCCAGCCAACCAGACCCCAGCUUCCAUCUGGUACAUCUGAGAACUGCAUAGACUUCUUAAAACAAAUCUUUGUAGAUGCAAAACAUAGACCUGCAGCAGAUGAGUUAUGUAAACAUCCGUUUGCACAGAUUUCUUACUGAAGAACUAAAAACAAAGUCAUUGGAAGUACAUUCUUUCCAAGUGAGAAUUCAGAAUACACUUUGCAGAAAUGUUGGGGUCUUCAGUGAAUGAUGCUAAUUACUCUGUUAUUUAGAGUCCGUCAUAAAAGAAGAUAAUCAGCAUGGUCAACUUCACAUUCUGUUCAGUUAACUGCAUUCCUAUAGCUGUGGGCCAAGUUGAGUAGGAAGGUGAAUGUUUACCUUCUGCACUUGUAAAACCAAGUGCAUCACUUCAGAAAAGGAAGUUGCAUGUUUCAUGUAAUGAACAUUUUGGGACCUUAGAAAUGGAUCUUUCAAAUUGGAUGGUGAUUCAGACUGGAAAGAUGUGAAUAUUUUUGUAACCUCUGAAUCAUUUGAGUUCGGGUUCGUGGAGUCUCGAGUACCCCACACUUCAGCACUCCAUAUGGCAGCAACACUUGCAACUGCUGUCCAGUGUUUGGUAACUCACAUUGGACUAAGUGUUUGGAAUGUGAUGAAUUGAAAGUACAGUAAAAGUGUUAUUUUAGUAAAGUAAAAAAUUAAGUUCAGUCCCCGAAUGGGGAAAAUGUAUAAAACAGAUUUGCACUUGUUUAAUUUGGAACCGACUCUUUCCAUCAACAUAUGCAAAUGGUGGAACAUUCCAUUUGAAAAUUUCAAUCCCAUUAUGAUAGGAUGGGCAACCCAUAUUGCCACCAAAGACAAAGCAGGCAAAUUCGAGUUUAUGGGUGAAAAAAUGACAUUUGUCUUUGGUUCAUAAGCCAUCCUUGUGGUGCUGUUUCCUGUUGGCUUAUGGUUUUGAGCUUAAGGUCCCACCACUGAUAACAGACUGAAAGGGGACCUUUAUAAAGCUACUUUGUGCCAUAGCAUUACAGGUUUGACUUCCAUUGUUUGACUUGUAAGAUAAUUCACAUGUUUUUAUACCAAAGGUUCACUCCAAUUACCAAUGCCUUAUUUUGGUCAAACUGAAAAACCGCUGUAUUGAUUAAGACCAAAGGAAGCCAUGUUUCUUUAAAAUUGGUUUAAUAUUGUCUAUGUGCUGUUGUGCAAUUGUUCUCUUACCUUACAUAUGUGUCUAUAUUACUUGAAAUUGCUUUAACUUCUCAAGAAGAAAAAGUUAUAUGACCAUACAUGCUGUGCCCUUUAGUUUGGGACAUGAAGGUUUGUUGGUAGCAGUGCCAAGCAUCUGUUUGCAAACUUAGCUUCAACUGAGUUAUACUGAAACAUGUGCCAUCACGCUGUUAUGCUGUGUCUUUUUACCAUAGUUUAUAGGAGCUUUGGCUACAGCAUAGCUAAAACUCUGUAUUCUGAAAAAAAAACACACCUAUUCUACAUCUUUGUAGUAUGAUCUGAUGUUUACCAUUUGACGUACUCAUUUGCACUUAAUGCACAUGAUGUAAACAUAAUACAUAUUCAAACAGCAUUGCAUGGCAGCUACAUUUUUUAUCUGUACCAUUUUUAGUCUUUUCUUAAUUAAUUCGUGUGACUGUUUUCUUUACCCACCUGUGGUUUAUUUAGCACUUUUUUUAAAAGGUCAAAUAUAAUGGAGUACAUUUGACAUGACUGAAACCAUAUUUUUGUCGGUGUUUACAGAUGUAUCACCCAUUUGUUAUGGCUUUCAGAUCAGAGUUGCAUAACCUUAUGCAGCAUAGAAGUUUUGAGUAUCUGGAAUAGUUUAAGGAGGUAUCUUUUUCUAUCAUUAUUUUCCCAGUUUUAUCAGCUUUCCAGCCAUCAUGGGAUCCUUUGAAAGUGCAUUUCUUUUUGGUGGAAUUUGCUUGGUAUUGUUUGUGUUUCCAUUUUAAUUUUUCUAGUUUGCUCUUAAUCCUCUCUCCUCCUCCUCAUUCUUUGUAGAGUACUCUGUUUGGCAUCUGAAUCUUUUGUGACGGUGAGGUUUGCUUGUCCUGCUGCUUUGUUUCUCCAUGGCUGCUUUUGGUUCUGUACCUGAUAUAGUCAGUAUGUUAAUAUCAAUUAUUUCAGUCACUGUUCAUGUCGUAACGUUAAUGGUACUCUUCCCCCCCAUUAGAGUCCAUGGUCUGUUUGUUAUGUUCGUUGUUCAGAUCAGUCUUCACUAGAUGUGUUGUUUAGGCUGUUUGAAACUGAGAGCAACAAUUUGUUCUUAAUGGACUCAGACCACAGCACUUUAUAGGAAGUUUAAUGGUCCACCUUCUGGGGAUUGAUGCUUCAUAAUUAUCAUGCAUGGUGAAACUGUAAUUUUGUAGUUGAUGCUUCAUUAAGCUGGUCCUGUGUUAACAUGUUCCUUAUGUUGCUGUCCAGCUUUGGGUUUUCAUAAUCAUUGCACUGAUUGAUAAUACUGUGUCUGCUUGAGACAGUAACAGUUCUGAUGUUACAGCCUGUUCAGAGGACUCCAUUGUUUCAUUUGUCUGUUGCAUGUGUGAAGUGAUGGAAGUAGCUUGGGGGUUUGUGCAGGUGUUGCAUUUUAUCAGUCUUUCCAGAGCUGCUGUAGUGGGAUGGCUGCUUUGAAGGAGCAAGUCCUCUUCUGCUGUGUUGGGAUCUGACAGUGUUUAGCAUACCACUUUGUUUUUUGCAGUGCUUGCUACUUCAGUGCUUGCUACUGAAGUAUAUCUUGCCCUUCUGGUUAGCUCAUAUCUUAAUUCGAUGGAGCCAGUGUUGUACAUAGAAAUGGCUCAGGUUUCCCUUAAUAGUCUACCCUGAAGGCUACCAUCCUUUUAGCUCCUUGUUCAGAAUGCAUAUUGCAUCCCUGUUUUUUUUUUUCUUUUUCAUAUUGAUCUGCAUGUUAAAUUGGCUGUGACAAGGACAUGUGUUCUCCCAAGUCUGUUUUUUUUCUGUGGUGAAGAAACCACUCUUUUUUUGUGGUUCAUUGAUGAAGCUGUCUAGACAUCCCCUCUUUGUGCAUUUGUUGCCUGAAUAAUGCAUUUGCUCAUCAUGGCUUCUUGUUUAAAAAAUAGAAAACGCCCUUAUUCUCAUGUUUUCACUUUCUUCCUAGUAUUGGUGAAGAAUGUUGAUUUUCCUCAUUGAAUAGACAAUCGUGGAUGUUAUACAUUUUCUUUGAGAGCAUAACUCAAUAGCAACUCAUUCAGGGAACAACUCUGGUGCAAUGAAAGGGUUGACAAAGUGGGAAAUGGUGAUGUGGCCACCUGCUGGCUUUCCAUUUUCUGGGGUAGGGUGCAGGAGCUUAUGUUGCUUGCAUGACCUCUGGUGCAGGCUGAGCAUCUGCAAACGUAGCUGUAGUUCAGGGACAGGGAGUGAGACGUGCUCCAUGCAAGACGUGGGAGAGCAUGUCCUGCCUUCUGACAUCAUUGCUUGUUGUUGCCUGGGGUAGGUCUGAGUGGCAUAGCUUCUGUUUUAUUUCUGCUAUCACAGCUCUCACCUAUCCUUUAUGAGAAACCUCACUUCUAGGCCUUUAACUAUGUGUAGCCACUAGUCAUUGUCCUUAAAGGAGUCAGGAGGGCUGCCAGGCGAAGAGUCACAUCUGAGAAUAUCCAGUAAGGAACAGUUGGGGGUUUCAAGAGUUGGUGUGUUGUAAAGCUGUCUUGUCUUUUGAUGCAGAACCCUUAAGCUCACAGUGCCUAUCCAUGAUUUAGAGGACUUCAUUCAUCUCAUGGAAGUCUGUUCUAGUCCAAUUAACUUAUAUACAGCAUUUGUAGUCAUUCCUUUGAAUUACACUAGUUUGCAGUGUAUGUUGCUUUACAACUUCUGAAAUGCAUUUUCUUUUUUUUAUGCAUUAGAACUCUUCUUAUGAGGCAUGGCACUUUCAGAAUUUUAUUCCUUUUUAGAGCCUUUACCUUGGUGCCCUUUGCAUAAGGGACCUGUCCAGGCAAGUUUUUCAUUCACAGGUACUAUGUGAUGUCCAUAAUUUCAGACAAGAUUUUGUAUUUAUUUUACCAUAGUAAUUAAAAAAUAUAUAAGGAGCUGACUUGCCAUUUAGAACCUUUGUAAGUUGAAGCACAUGCAGGAACAUAUUCUUUGUAUUUGCCAUUCAGUCUUAUACUGGAUUCCUUAGAGUGGAAAAUGUGCAGAUUUUUUAGGUCAGAUGUUUUGUAUCUACAGCUUUCUGCGAUUAAUCUCAAGUAUGCUAAUUUCAGGACUUCACUUUUCUGUUCCAUCAGACCCUUUUUCUCAUAGUUCAUUCCUUGCAUUGUCCAAGUCUGUCUGAGCUGGUUACUGAGCAGGUACCUUAUUAACAUAAAUACUGUUAGCAGGCCACUCCUGUCAUGCAAUGCUGUUUUAAGCUGAAACAAAUGUACAUUGUUGUGCCUUAUGUCACAUAGUGGAAACACUGUUCAGCACUAUAAAGUCAUAGUCACAAAAAUAUUAUUUUAUAGGCUUUAACUGUGUAGAAAAGCAAAUGUGAGAACUGUCAUAGUUUUACAACAGCUAAAGGCAUCUGCAAGUUGUCAGGAUGGAAGUGGUCAUAAUUUUUGAAAGGAAUACUUUUUUACUUUGAUUGUUAAUGUGGUAUUUUACCUGAUAGGCAGUCUAGAAGUAUUACAUGUGAACAGUUGCACCUAACUGGAUUUCUUCCCGAAUGCCACCAGCAUGUUAAGUCUUUUCAGCGUUCAAUUCCAGGUCUUGUUCCCUAAUGGUGAUGUAACACAGGUUUUCAAGUUCCAAAUUAGGCAUGAGCAGAAAGUGAUAAUUAGCCACCACACAUUGAAUUAAAUCAUAUCCAGACAGCUGAUAGAGAGGGAGAUUGCCUGUGUCCUCACUGAAUAGUGCACCACAUCCCACUUCCUUUAGUUAUAGUAAGUGGUAUUAUUCCUGAUAGUACUAGUUGACACUGGUCUUUUUAAAGUUAUUCCAAGCCUCAUAGUAGCUUUUUUUAAUCACCUUCAACAUUGUUUUCUAUAGUCAUUUUCAUAUCUCUGUAAGGCAAUGGAACUGAUAUUUUAUAUUGUUUAGGUACUGGAUAAAGAAUAAGAAUUAUCUAGGAUAUAUGUUAUCUGGACUAUUUAGUGCCUUAACUCCUGAAUCUUCUUUCUGGAGAAGACAGCCCUGCUUUAAAACAGGAUAAUUGUAUCAAAGUUGCUAUCGCUUAAUCCUUUUUUUUUUUGCCACACUAACUGACCUUUCGGCUGCUGACUGUGUGGACCCCUUAUUCCUACAGUCUGAGUGUUGGGUUGGUAGUCAUCCUUUAUGCGUACUUUGCUGAUGCAUGGGGCUUUUGCACACAGUUAAAAAUCCAGGUGGCUGGUAGGUGUAGAAUGUAUGAAUGUGUCAUGCAUGAUUACGCAUAUUAGGACAGAGUACAAAUCAGCUUAAUUACAAAAAGUGAAUUAAUGUAAGGCAAGUGAUUUUUGUGGGGAAUUCCACCCUACAAACUGUUUUGCAACCCUCACUACUAAAGUACUCUAACUGUGAGGUUACAUUACUUUGCCAGAAAACCAGACUUCAAGGUGGUGGAUCCCUAACGUUAACUUUUAUUAGCAGCAGAGAGUGCUCACUGGAAUUUGACAUUCCGGUGUUUUUUUUAUUAGGACUAUGAUUUGAUUAAUUUAACAGGAGGUUAGUUGAAAAUCAUUUAGUUUAUGUUGCAGUCAUUGUUUGUGGAAAAUCUGUUGUAGCACCACCUGUUAUAUACUCUUUCCAAUACCUGCAUGCAUUCAUACACCUAUAAAGCACACUGCCAAACCGAAGUACAGACUUCUGUUAAUGUCCACCUGACUUCAAGUUCUACCUCCUAAGUGCAGCUGCUGAAAACCUUCUCCCAGUUUUCAUUAAAGAUAGGGCAUACUUUGCAUAUCCUUCUGUCAUCCCAGUGUAGUUUUAUUGAUGCGCUCUUAUCCUCACAGGUGGUCCUUUGGCAACACUAGGUUUGUAUUUAAAAAGAUAAAGUACUUUUUGUACAGUCACUGUGCAGACAUUGCCAUAGCAGGUCUUCAUCUUUACUGUAUUUGGUUAAAAGCUGCAGCUGCAAAUGUUGAAGCUAGUGAUUGUGUGAGGUGCUUGGCUGCCAAGGAUAUGCUUUCUAUGUCACACUUGAAAAUGUUUGUUCACUGCUAAACAUUUUACACAUUUAAAGACUACUGACUAUAAAUGGUCAGGCAUAUUUUAGGUUUUUGUGUUAAUCAGAGCAAAAUAAAGUCAGAGAUAUUGUUGCCUAGUUUUAGAUCUGAAUCUGGUAUACAUCAUCUGUAGGCAUUAAUUUCCACUGACUUGUUUGGAAAUGUCAGUACCUCUCAUCUUAUUCAUUUAUAUCCCAAGUCCUCCCUUUCUCAGCAUUUUAGAUUUUGUGAAUGCAUUUUUAGUAAAUGUCCAUAUGGAAAGUACGUUGAUGUAUACUGUAUUUUUUUAAUUCAGCUUUGUGUAUAUAGUCAGUUUAGAUCCCCCAUUUUUUUGUAGAGUCCUUCAAUCUGCCCAGAAGUAUUACUUGGCUUUUUUCAGCAUCAGAUAUGAUGGUUAUACUUCAUAUUACUGAGUCAAGAGAAGUUGCUUAUUUUCUGUUUUUAUUUACAUGGGAUAAAGAACAAGCCAAAGUGUUAUCUGUAAAAAAAAAAAAAUGCACUUUCAUGAAUAUAACUUGUAUUGCUCCCUCUUGUAGCUUUUAUUGUUAUGCAAAAUGAUGCUGUUAGUACUAUUCUUUAUUUAUAUGGAAGAGAACAUAACUGAUGGUUUAUGUAUGUGUAUAUAUAUGUAUGUAUUCUAGACUGUUACAUCAUUUAAUGAUGCUUUUUAAGACGAAAAAGGCAGCUGGUUUUGCAGAAAAUUUGAAUAUUGUUUUUAUUACAAAAAUGCCAGUCAAAUUAAAGUUUUUUUCUUUUCCCUUCA